AAUAGCAGAUGAUUGACAGAUGGCUUGAAUGAAAAUUCUGUAUUGUGUAAUCGAAAAGCAAAAAGCAAAACCCAAUUCGGGAAUAAAUAGUCGCCAAUUUUAAAAUGUUUAAGGUUUUGAGUCAUACGACACGAUUGUCCCGACAAGCUGUAUCGGGACCUUCGUAUUUGCUAUCUAAUACAAGAUUUGCUUCAAUCAAUGAUCCCAUAUCUCGAAAAGAAGCUCCAAAAAUCGAUAACGAAACAGUUAUAGCUUUGCCAGAGGAAGCAAAAGAAAAAAGUGCUCUUGAGUCUACAAUAACUGUCCCUAAGAAGGUUGAUAUUACUCCAAUUUCUGGUGUCCCAGAGGAACAUAUCAAAACUCGCAGAGUCCGCAUUUACCAGCCACCCAAAAAUGCUAUGCAGAGUGGUACAAACAAUAUCCAUCACUGGGAAAUGGAAUUUGAUAAUCGCCAACGUUGGGAGAACCCAUUGAUGGGUUGGACUUCCACAGGAGACCCACUAUCGAACAUGAAGGUUCAAUUCUCAUCCCCUGAAGAUGCGAUAGAGCACUGCGAGAAGAACGGUUGGAUCUGGUAUCUGGAUACUCCGAAGUUAGAAAAAGAGUUCAAGCCCAAGAGCUAUGGAAUUAACUUCUCAUGGAAUCGCCGUACUAGAGUAUCAACAAAGUAAUGUUUUACAUUCUUUAGAAAUAUGUAGAAAUACAGAAUAAUAUGUAAAUUUGA